CACAUUAAUUCCAGCUAGUCCUAAUUUGAAGCUAUAAAUAAAAUUACCUAGCACUAUUUUUUGAGUUUAACAGACUAGGGUUUUGCGCUCCGGCCGCUGCCGCUCUUCGCCUCCCAGCCUUCAUCGUCUCUAUUCUGCAAUCAUGGGGAAAACGCAUGGGAUGGGAGCUGGGCGCAAGCUCAAGUCUCACCGUAGGACUCAAAGAUGGGCUGACAAAUCUUACAAGAAAUCUCAUCUUGGGAAUGAAUGGAAAAAACCAUUUGCCGGGUCUUCCCACGCCAAGGGCAUUGUUCUUGAGAAAAUAGGUAUUGAAGCUAAGCAGCCGAAUUCUGCUAUUCGUAAGUGUGCUAGAGUGCAACUUAUCAAGAAUGGCAAGAAGAUUGCUGCUUUUGUUCCCAAUGAUGGUUGUUUAAACUACAUUGAAGAAAAUGACGAAGUGUUGAUUGCUGGAUUUGGGCGUAAGGGACAUGCCGUGGGAGAUAUUCCUGGUGUUAGAUUUAAGGUGGUGAAGGUAUCAGGUGUUUCUCUGCUUGCCCUCUUCAAGGAGAAGAAGGAAAAGCCUAGGUCUUAAAUCUCUCCCUUUCUUUUUGUAGUGGCUGAUAACUCACUGUUUUGAUAUAACGAUUCAAAUGUUUUGAGUUUGAGUUUAUUGCGAGGAGAAUAUACCCAUCUAUUUAGCUUA